UUAUGGAUAUAUAAAUAUCUUUAUUUCUCGAAUUAGUGUGAUUUAUCAUUAAUUACUUUAAUCUAAUCGUUAUUACCGACACUGAUAUUUAUACGAUAUUUAUACAGAGAGACUUACCAGAUUUCAAAAGCCACCUGUUUUCUUCCUUUUCGUCUCCAUUUUUGUCAAAACGAAGACCAGAAGCCAUUGGAUCCCUAAAUCUUUGUCGGACUCUGAACCGUCGAAUUUGAAAUAUUCAUCAGCUUCUUCUUCUCCUGGGUUUGAUUGGCCGACAAAAAAAAGGAGCUGGACCAGCUUCAGAACUGAAGUUUCGAUCUUUAGUCUUGUUCCGGAGGCUUUUGGUGAUUAUGGGAUAUCUGAAUUCUGUUUUGUCGUCUUCGAGCCAAGUCCACGCCGGCGACGGACCUGUUAGCGGCGGCGGCCUCAGUCACAACGGGAAGUUCAGCUAUGGAUAUGCAAGCUCUCCUGGCAAAAGAUCUUCAAUGGAGGACUUCUAUGAAACUAGAAUCGAUGGCGUUGAUGGGGAAAUCGUUGGUCUUUUUGGAGUCUUUGAUGGACAUGGAGGUGCACGUGCAGCUGAGUAUGUGAAGCAAAAUCUGUUCAGUAACCUCAUCAGGCAUCCAAAGUUCAUCUCUGACACUACAGCCGCAAUAGCUGAUGCAUACAAACAAACAGACUCAGAGUUUCUUAACUCAGAAAAUAGUCAGAACAGAGAUGCUGGUUCGACCGCUUCAACAGCCAUUUUAGUUGGUGACCGUUUACUUGUUGCAAAUGUAGGAGACUCUAGAGCUGUUAUAUGCAGAGGUGGAAAUGCUAUUGCUGUAUCCCGAGAUCACAAGCCUGAUCAAAGUGAUGAGCGCCAAAGAAUUGAGGAUGCUGGAGGAUUUGUCAUGUGGGCUGGAACAUGGAGAGUUGGAGGAGUUCUUGCUGUUUCUCGUGCAUUUGGCGAUAGGUUACUGAAGCAGUACGUUGUUGCUGAUCCCGAGAUACAGGAGGAAAAAGUUGAUAGCUCUCUCGAGUUUCUCAUUCUUGCUAGUGAUGGUCUCUGGGACGUUGUAUCUAACGAGGAAGCAGUAGGCAUGAUCAAGGUGAUAGAAGAUCCCGAGGAAGGUGCAAGAAGACUGAUGACGGAAGCUUACCAAAGAGGUAGUGCAGACAACAUUACUUGCGUCGUUGUACGUUUCUUUUCAGACCAAACAGGAGGAGUAGGUUCCAGCAGGAACAUCGAUCACAGUACUAUACCAGACACUAGCCCCGGUGACUCAUCAACGUAGUUUUAACAUGAGUGUUUUCCCUUUGGGUUUCGCUUUUUCAGAUUUCGCCCAAAAUAACAAAUGAUUCGGGAAGAUUAUAUAUUGUUUUCAAAAAUGUCCAACGGUUUUUCAAGAAUACAUAGACAAAACUCAUGAAACAUGAAUGGUUUUUGGUGUCGUGUCACUUAUGUUGUUCCACAUUUUGGUUACUUGGGCAUGUAAAGAAACAUAAAACACGACACGAUCAAAAAUUCUUCAAAUUUGCAAUAGACGAGAGUGAAGCAAACGUUAUUGGUAA